GUUGCAGUUGCAGUUAGCUUCCAAAACAGCUCCAAACAAAUACAUCCUUCAAAAUGUACUCCAAAGUAGUGAUCGCUCUUACCCUGUGCGUCCUGAGCACCGUUUCGGCCGGAGUAGUCCCAGUGGCAGCUCCGUUUGCUGCAGCUGGUGUCAUAGCACCGUACGCCACGUCCUACAAUGCGCACACGGUGAACCACAACAUCGCAGCCCCAUAUGUCGCGGCCACGCCUGUCGCUGCUCCGGUUGCCGUCGCCAAGUAUGUCGCCGCACCUGCUGCUCCGGUUGCGGCCAUUGCACCGGUUGCUCCAGUAGCCAAGUAUGUUGCUGCUCCGGUUCCUGCUGCUGCCUAUACUGCAUACAGUGCGGGUGCUCCGGUUCUUCCAGCUGCUGCCUACACGGCGUACAGUGCCGCCUCUUACCCGUAUCUUUUCUAAACAGUGUCAUUACUGGGCUUCGAUCUUCGGUUUCACGAACGCUUGCCUU